AUGACCACUCGUAAAGGUAUCACCGAAACGGUUCACGUUCUCGCUGAUUUCUCUAUCACUCCUAUUGGCGUGGAGUCUAGUUACUCCAAGUACAUUGCCGAAUGUCAAAAAAUCUUGAAAGCAACUGGGUUAAACUACAACCUUCACGCGAGUGGCACAAAUCUCGAAGGACGUUGGGACCAAGUAAUGUCCGCCAUUCGAAAAUGCGUUGAUCGUCUGCAGGAGAUGGGUGUUGCUCGCAGCGAAACCAAUAUCCGGAUUAGCAUUCGUACUGAUAAGGCAAUUACCAUGAAAGACAGCGUCCGCGUUGUUAGUGAUAAGGUUGAAGCUGAAACUAAGUGA